GUGUUUCUCCAGAAGUUUCCCCCUUGGGCGGCGGCGCAGCUCGUAACCUCGGUGGUAGCAGCUCUAACAGCAACAGCGAUUAUUAGGGAUGGCGGCAGCUGCAGCAGAACCUGCAACAGCCCAGAAGUUUUUCCGGAGCUUCUCAGAUGCUCUGAUCGACGAGGACCCCCAGGCGGCGUUAGAGGAGCUGACUAAGGCUUUGGAACAGAAACCAGAUGAUGCAGAAUAUUAUUGUCAAAGAGCUUAUUGUUACAUUCUUCUUGGGAAUUACUGUGAUGCUGUUGCUGAUGCAAGGAAAUCUCUUGAACUUAAUCCAAGUAAUUCCAUUGCUAUGCUGAGAAAAGGGAUAUGUGAAUACCAUGAAAAAAACUUUGCUGCUGCUCUAGAAACUUUUGUAGGAGGACAGAAAUUAGAUAGUGCAUAUCCUGAUUUCACUGUCUGGAUUAAAAGGUGUCAAGAAGCUCAGGAUGGAUCACAAUCUGAGGUGUCUGCAUCCCAGAGGACUCAUCAGUCAAAAAUCAAGUAUGACUGGUAUCAAACAGAAUCUCAAGUAAUCAUUACACUCAUGAUCAAGAAUGUUCAGAAGAAUAAUGUAAAUGUGGAAUUUUCAGAAAAAGAGUUGUCUGCUUUGGUGAAACUUCCUUCUGGAGAGGAUUAUAAUUUGAAACUGAGACUUCUUCAUCUUAUAAUACCAGAACAGAGCACAUUUAAAGUACUUUCAACAAAGAUUGAAAUUAAAAUGAAAAAGACAGAAGCUGUGAGAUGGGAAAAACUAGAGGGGCAAGGAAAUGUGCCUACUCCAAAACAGUUUGUAGCAGAUGUAAAGAACUUAUAUCCAUCAUCAUCUCAUUAUACAAGAAAUUGGGAUAAAUUGGUCGGUGAGAUCAAAGAAGAAGAAAAAAAUGAGAAGUUGGAGGGAGAUGCAGCUUUAAACAAAUUAUUUCAGCAGAUCUAUUCAGAUGGUUCUGAUGAAGUGAAACGUGCCAUGAACAAAUCAUUUAUGGAGUCUGGUGGUACAGUUUUGAGUACCAACUGGUCUGAUGUAGGUAAAAGGAAAGUUGAAAUCAAUCCUCCUGAUGAUAUGGAAUGGAAAAAGUACUAAAUAAAUUAAUUUGCUAUCACUGUAUUGCAUAUAUUCACCUAAUGCCCAUUGUGUAUUAAUAUUGCAUUCUUGAAUUUUGAA